AUGAAUAAAUUUUUAUUAAUAACCAUUUUGUUGUUAUGUAUUUCUGGAAGACGAUUCCAUAAAGAAGGAGAUGUGGUUUUUAAAGAGCAAAAUGAAGAAGAACAAUCUGACUAGAAUGGAGAAGGUUAAUAAGGUGAAGAAAAUAGUUAACCAGCUGAUGAUUGGCCAACUGGAGAUGAAGAUGGAGAACAUUAAUGGACAAGUGAAGAAGAAGAUGGUGGAGAAGGAGAGAACACUGAAGAAGGAGAAGGAAACGAUAGUGAGAAAGGUGAAAAUGGUGAAGAUUAAAAAGAUGAGGAAAGUAGUGAUCAAGGAGAAAAUGGAGGCUAUGAAGAUGAAGGUAAUGGAGAUAAAGGAGAUGAUGGAGAUUAUGGAGAUGAUGGAGAUUAUGGGGAUAAUGGAGAUGAUGGAGAUAAUGGAGAUAAUGGAGAUUACGGAGAUAAAGGAGAUGAUGGAGAUAAUGGAGAUUAUGGAGAUAAUGGAGAUGAUGGAGAUAAUGGAGAUUAUGGAGAUAAAGGAGAUGAUGGAGAUUAUGGAGACAAUGGAGAUAACGGAGACAAUGGAGAUAAUGGAGAUAAUGGAGAUUAUGGAGACAAUGGAGACAAUGGAGACAAUGGAGAUAAUGGAGAUAAUGGAGAUAAUGGAGAUAAUGGAGAAGCCAAAAAAAGCAGAAAACAAAGCCAUAAAAAAAAACACUAGCAUUUUAGAGGAAGACCUUGAAUCAAUUAAUUUCAUAAUAUUCUAAAAGUUAAUAAAAAAAAAAAUUAUUUUUUUUAAUUUUUAUUUCAAAAUUAAAUUUAUGUUUAUAUUUUUCUUUAGUAAAAUAAUUAUAAAACUUAUCAUUUUGAAUUUAUUUAUCCUUAUUUAAAGUGCAGAAUUUCUCUAUAAUCUUAUCAAANAGUACCUCAUUUAAUUA